AGGACUUGCGGGCAAGUACCACGAUACGCAUAUUGAAUACUGAUCUUAUCCUGAUAUGUCUUCCCUAUCGAUCUCAGACCUGACGAAGUUGCAGACGGUCAGGUAUGCCAAUUUGGGCAGUCUUGCAAUCCUCGCAUUUGAUUUUUGCAUUACGUUUUCCGAAGAGGUGCGAUGGACCUGGUUCAGACCAUGGGAUGUGAUUCGUGUCAUAUUUGUCGUUUCUCGAUAUUUACCUUUCGCGGGUGUUGGAAUGACGGCAUAUGACGCAUUGCGUGUCAGCAGUAUCGUUGCUGCGGAAGCAUUGCUGGUUAUUCGGACCUGGGCAUUCUGGAAAAAGAGUAAAAUAUUGCUGAUCGGAUUAUCGGUCUAUAGCGUGUUGACAAUUGCCGCCAUCCUUGCUGUAUCCCUCAGCCCUACAAUGUUACUUUCAGGAGAGGAGCCCCCCGUAGGAACUUGUUACUUCGAGAGCACACGCAACAGUGCGGUCGUAUACAUGUUCUUGGUGAUGUUCGAAAGCGUGAUAUUGAUCCUUACUGUAUAUAAGAGGGUUCACGAUUAUAAAAACUUUCAGAGCAGAAUUGUAGUAACCCUGUACCACGAUGGCAUGUUUUACAUGUUGUGCAUCCUCGGCAUCACACUCGCCAAUGUCAUCAUCGGAGCUGUACUUCCAAGUGCCUACAGCGAUAUGCUUGAAGCGCUACAGCUGGUCAGUCACAGCGUUCUGGCAUCACGAAUUCUAUUCCGUCUUCGAGAUAGCAACAGUGUCUACGAACCGUCCACGUCAGUAACGACGAUGGAAUCUAUACGUUAUUUGCCACCUACGUCAACGUCGAUGAGUGGGACGGCUACUACCAGUCAAGUUUGAAGGAAUUUAGGUGUAUGCGGAACCAUGAUGCCAUCGGCCUCUGCUAAAGCCAAUGAUACUGCGAGACCUUGGGACU